AUGAAGUGCUUAGCUCUGUCCAGAGAGAGUCCCCAACAGAAGAGUGUCUGGUCUGCCGCUGUUCACACCUAUCACAGCAUCCAAAACAAAUUGAAUAAUUAUUUCAGUAAGCUGCAGAUUUGACCUCACCACAAAUUCUUUGUGUAAGGAGACAGUUCCUCUUCCAUGGUUGGACAUGAACUAGAGUUAGCCUCAGUUGCCAGAGUCCGCUAAUGAAGUUACUCUAUGAGGGGCCUAAGUGAGAGCUCUAAACUUCUUUGGGCACAAACUGAAAACAAGCUCCUUCUGGCAACUUGCACCAAAUAAGUUAUUCUCACUGCUUCUGGUUUUGUACAACACUGAGGUGUCAGAUGUUGACCAUCCCUCCACUGUUGGAGAAAAAUAGUCAGACGUCUCUAUUGAGAGAAAACAAUUUUAGAAGGUAGAGAGAUUUGGGGAUAUCUCCCAUUCUAGGGCCCCCAGUUUGUGAGUUCCCCUCUCAAAUUGAGGACAUCAUCGACAGUAAGGCCACAGCCUCUUCGACCAGUCUGUCUGAUUGCAUGAAAAAAACUAAAGUGAGGAAUUCAAGAGAAACGCCACUCAAGCAGUGAGUGAGUUCCUAGUUAAUAAGUCCACCAGUAGCUUAACUAGUGCACAGCCUGUUUAUUUUGUAGAGGCAUCCAUCUCUGGUUCCAUUCAAAACCUGUGCACCUUGUCAAAUGAUAUUUUUGCUGACCAGCUAGGUUUCCAUUCAAUUGGCGAUUAGAUUUUCAUGGAAAUAUUCUAAAAUCUGCAUAAAAACAAUAUGCGCAUUUUCCCACCAGAGAUGUUUCCAUCCAAUUGAAUUGUUGCGGAUAAAAGGCUGUCUGUGAUGACAUAGUGCACAUAUAAAGAACUUCUGCAGUUAAAGUUCUGGACAAAAUUAUUUUUAUUUGUCAAACCGCAGCCAAGCAUCGAUCAUCAUGUCACCAGAAGAAGACCCUAGAUAUUUAUUGGAAAGGAGCAUCAAGCUCAUUAUCAUGCACUUUCACCACCCUGUGAAGUUCAUCAUAACCUAUUUCAUCUGUAGCCUAAUAAACUGCAUGCUUUCCCGAUGGUGGGAGGACCACACAACACAUCAUCGCGUGACUCACAAGUUUACUUCGAUAUGAUGGUUAUUACUGUAUAUCAAUAUUUGCGCAUAAAGGCGUUUCCACCGCCAUUUCUCGCAUAAUACAUUUUACAGACACAAAAAGAUCCCACCUUGUCUAGCGUAUUUGGUUUUGUCAACAUUUGGAAAGUUUACAAACAAAUUUGCUGUUUCCAUCAGGCCUAUCGUGACAUUUUUUUUAUCCGACAUGCACUUUACUCACAUAAAAAGGUUGGAUGGAAACCUGGUUAGUGACACACUUGUGGAAGCCCUGCAAAACAUGGCACAACCCUCAGAGGUAUAGUUGAAAGACCCUGACCUUUUGGAAAAAGCACAAAAGCUAGAGGGCAGGAUUGGGUCUGCUACCACUAGUUUAUAUAACAGCAUCAAGAAGACAAAGGACUUCACCAUUCACCAGAAGAGGUCAGACAUGCAUAGCAGAAUGUCCAGUCAUUCACCCACAGAGGACUCGAAGGUCUUGGGACUGAGGAGUACCUUUGUUUGA